CUGGUCGACUAAAUACAGUCUUAGUGUCUACAUUUUGAUUCGGACUAGCACAGAUCUGAAGACGUACAUUACUUCUACCUCCUGCUUCUUUCUCCAGAAACUUUUUACUUCAGAGCAAACAACCACUUCCAGAAGACACCAUCAGAAAACACCGGCUAUACUUCAAAUCAAAGAAGUACCUCGAGCAUCUUUCCUACAAUGUACUCCCUAGGGUGCCUUACAAUAACUGAACUAUGUCAAUUUGAGUCCAUGAUCGAUCGACGGAACUUUCAGCGCGCAAUCACGGGAACAGAAAUACCCUGGGAGCCUUAUAUAGAGGAGUUCCUAAGAGAUAGUGGAUGGACCUGGGCUCCUUCACCGAGCUUACUACAUGAAUUUCUCAUGCGAAUCGACUUGGAGGGUCCUGUGUUCUAUAGCUCAUGGUACGAAGGGUGUCAUGCGGAUUGGCGCCCACCACCGGGCUCGGAAGCUCCAGCACCCAGAAGGCAAUAGAGAAUGUGUGACGGUCGACAUCAGUGCAGGUCAACGCAGGGA